UCAUCCUCUCCCUGUCUCUCUCAUCCUCUCUCUGUCUCUCUCAUCCUCUCCCUGUCUCUCUCAUCCUCUCUCUUCCACGGUCUCUCUCAUCCUCUCUCUGUCCCUCUCAUCCUCUUUCUCUAUCACGUUCCCUCUCUCCCCCCAUCUCUCUGAGGCCUCCUCGGUAUCUCUCGGUCUCCUCCCCGGUGUCCGGUAGGGGGCGGUUCUCUUGGCUCCUCCCAAAACAUUCGACACCCGGAGCCGCAGCCGCCCGAGCCCGCCCGCCUCCUCCUCCUCCUCCCUCGUUCUGCAGGCCCCGCCGGUCCCCGCGGUAUUCAGGCUUGGAGCAAUCAAACGCCGAUCAGCCAGGAAGAAGACGCCGCAAUCAACUUUGAUCGCAGCAUCUAAAGAGUUAUUACCGGACGUCAGCCCGAUCAGCGAUUAGAGGUAUUCUGACAUCAGAUUUCCUACAGAAGAUGCCUUGAGGACGUGUAGAAGACCCUCCUCUGCCUUAUAACUGCUUAGCUGUAAUCCUGAAGCCUUCCCUGUUGAGCGCCUAUAUCCUGGUACCCAGCAUGUCCGAGGGCUGGGCUCCUGCACAGGCCCCCUCUUCCUCCUUGCAGUCAUCUCAGCAGCAGACACCUCAGCAUCCUAUUGCACUUGGGGAGCAUCCCAUUGCUAAUCCAGCUUCUGCUGACAAUCCAUUGGGCUGUGCUGUCUACGGCAUUCUUGUGCAACCUGAUCUUGGGAUCCAGCAUCCUCCCUUACCCCCUGCUGAGUCUCUGCACAAGUGUGGGCUGUGUGGACAUGACUUGACCCAUCUGACAAACCCUCAAGAACAUCAGUGCAUGCCCUCAGCCAGUCAGGACCGCUCCUUCCAGUGCACCCAGUGUCUAAAGAUCUUUCACCAGGCAACUGACCUCCUUGAACAUCAGUGCACGCAGGUUGAGCAGAAGCCUUUUGUAUGUGGAGUUUGUAAAAUGGGUUUCUCUCUGCUAACCUCACUGGCUCAGCACCACACUGCCCACAAUGGCAGCUCUUUAAAAUGUUCCAUCUGUGAGAAGACAUACAAGUCACCAGAGGCAGAGAGAGCCUGUUUACCCACUGCACCUCCACCUGUACCAACCACAACAUCCCUUGAUAGACCUUUCAUCUGCACCUUAUGUCACAAGCCAUUUAAGCACCUUUCAGAACUGUCCCGUCAUGAACGUGUUCACACGGGUGAGAAGCCAUACAAAUGCACGCUGUGUGAUAAGAGCUUCAGCCAGUCCUCACACCUGGUGCACCACAAGCGCACACACAGCUCAGAGCGCCCCUACAAGUGCACAGUUUGUGAGAAAAGUUUUAAACAUCGUUCCCAUCUCUUGCGGCACAUGUAUGCCCACUCAGGUGAGCAGCUCUUCCAAUGUCAGACAUGCCAGCUGCGCUUCAAGGAAUCUUCUCAGUUACUUCAGCACCCUUGCACACCAGCUGGGGAGCGGCCCUUUCAUUGUGGCGCCUGUCAAAAGACUUUCCGGCGGCCAUCAGACCUCAGGCAGCAUGAACGGACACACAGUGAGGAACGCCCUUUCCACUGUGAUCUUUGUCAGAUGAGUUUUAAGCAGCAGUACGCUCUCAUGAGGCAUCGACGCACACAUAAAGCUGAGGAACCUGACAAUUGCACCUUUUGUGAAAAAGGAAUGGCCUUUGGUCAGCAUGGGGCCGAGAGCAUCUUCAAAUGCAAUUCUUGCCAGCAGGGCUUUCACCAGUCGCAGGACUUGUUACGGCACAAGUGUGGGCAGAGCAGUGCCGAGCGGCCAUUCCAGUGUAGUGUGUGUCAUAAGACUUACAAGCGUGCUUCUGCUCUACAGAAACACCAGGCUGCCCACUGCACAGAAAAACCGCUGAGAUGCACAGCCUGUGAGCGCCGCUUCUUCUCCUCUUCAGAGUUUGUUCAGCAUCGCUGUGACCCAACCAGAGAUAAACCUCUUAAAUGUCCAGACUGUGAAAAACGCUUCAAAUACGCAUCUGACCUGCAAAGACAUCGACGGGUGCACACAGGAGAGAAGCCAUACAAAUGCCUGUCCUGUGACAAAAGUUUUAAGCAGAGGGAACAUCUGAACAAACAUCAGAGCGUCCACAACAGAGAACAGCAUUACAAGUGCUUGUGGUGCGGGGAGCGCUUUCAUGAACUGAGUCAGCUCCAGGAACACAGUGCACAGCACACAGCAGAUGGUGCCUUCCAGGUGGCAGCAUGUCUGCCCUGACUCACAUUACUGUGACUGACACUAGUGCACCUACAUUCCCCACACUAAAUCCUAUUCUAAUGUUUUAUAAUCCUGUUCAUGUUGGAGAGUAAUAAACCAGUCUUUAAAGUGGAUGAGCUGCCAUGGAAGUUGCUGUAACAUGUGUCUUUGUUAAGUGUCCAGUCCACACUUGUGUUGAUAUAAAAAGAUAGUAAAGAGACAUCUGAUGUCUCUGGAAGAACUUUAAGAUGAAAUCAUACUAAAUGUGCACAUUAAAGGCCCAAACUUUACUGCACCAUACCUCUUCCUGUUCUGAGGUCGGCCCAUUUAGUCCUCAUCAUAGCUGUGCUCUAUUCACCUAUUCACAUUUCGUCAGAGCUGAUUUCAGAUAUAUUGGUAACUGUUAAGAGUGACCGGCUUGUGUGUCAUGCAUGCACUCUGUUCUUUGAUCUAUAGACACAGG